UUAGGAGAGAAUUUAGAUGCCAGUGCGCGUCGCGGCAUCGCCGUAUAAUGGAUACGAUACUGGUAGCCCGCACGGCGGCUGUACUGCUGCUGUACUGCACAGCUACUGCAGCCCUCGCUAUACUUAAAGACUCUUCAUCGCACGUGAUCACGGCUGUUGCCGGCAGCCCGACAGUCCUGCCGUGCCCCACCGAGCCUCUCAGCCGCCCUCGAGGCUCCCACCACCAAGAGUCCCACAACCUCAUCCUCGUCUUCAGAGACGGCCUCAGCGCCCCUGUCUACAGCUGGGACUCCCGUUCGUCGAAUGGACAAGAUUCCGACCGAUGUUCCAAGUGUCCAAGCGAGGAACUGAAAAAUCGGGCAUAUUUUUGGGACAAAGAUGUGGACUUGUCACGCGAACAAGUAUUUGCGAUGUCGGAACAUGUGUCUGGUUGGCAACAUCAUGUUUUCCAGGCAAAUUUCGUGUCUAGCCCCGAGCCGCAAAGUUUUCCCAGCAAUAGUACUCUGCCGAGAGACGAUUUGCAUAACGGCUCUGAAACAGAAAUGGAACCCUGGCGCCCAAGUGAAACGGGGUUAGUGUUGGACCCUUUACAGCUGUCAGACGCAGGGGACUAUAUCUGCAGAGUUGACUUCCCAAGGUCUCCAACCCGCAAUACAUUUGUCCAGCUCAGGGUUAUUGAACCCAUGACAAGCAUUGCAGUGAAGGGCUUUGUUACUAACAUACUUCGCGACGUCUCCAUCACUUCAACGAUUACGCAAAAUUCCACAAAAACCAAGCAGUUGCCAUAUGUUUCCAAUGGAGCUGGAAGCCUACUUAAACCUGCCUUUCCUGAGGGUAUCAAAAUAUUGAACAAAUCCGCUUCUUCCUCAUUCAAUCCAUCUGAAACUGCAAAUAAUUUUCAAUUGGGUUCACGCGUGGAUAAUGAAGUCAGUGUGAGAUCAUCCGACCGAAAGCAUGAAAGUCAAGCAAAAAAGUCAACAGGCUCUCAAAAAAUUCCUUCUCCGACGGUCCUUGGCCCUUAUCCCGUGGGGACAGAACUAUUGCUGCAGUGCGAGGUCAUUCAUGGAUCCCCGCCUCCCGUGCUGCGUUGGGAGGACGACAAAGGCUCUCUUAUCGCGGCUUCUGCGUUAACGUCAGGCCAGCGGCGUUCCAGCAUCAGUCUGAGGCUAGCCAGCAUCAGCCUGUCUGACGUGGGCGCCUAUAUCACUUGUGUCGCACAAAACUCCCCUCUCACUCCCGUUCUCAGAGAAACCGUCAUCAUCGACGUUGCUGUCUCUACGACGAGUAUCAGAAUUCUGGCGGCAAAAGAAAAAUACAUUUCGGCUAACGCUUCCAAAGCCUCAACAUCCGUUAAAUCGAACCCAGAAAAAUUUGUUCAUCCCCUCGCUAUGUCGGCCCCCAAGGUGGCUAGCGUUACGCGUGAUUUGGACCUGACAACCCUGGCUACGGUCCGUAUAAAUGAGACGUCACCACCCGUCGUUGUGUUCGAAGUUGACGAAGCUGACGAAUUUAUUCUGAUGUGUGAGACUGCAGGAAGCAGACCUGCAAGCCCUCUUCUGUGGACCCAUGGAAAGGGCUCGCCGAUAGACGACAAGUUCAUUACAGUGACUCACCUACCUGGUAACUCUCCCAGUUUGACAAUAACGAAAUCUGUUCUACGCAUGCGCGCUACAGCGUUGAUGCACGGCGAACUCCUACAUUGCAGCACGGUUGUCGCUUCAAUUGAACAGCCGGCGCUUCAUCCUAACCUCACCGCACGAAUCCGCCUCUCAGUCAGCUACGCUCCUGUUGUAAAUCUGACAAGCUAUUCGCCACUCACAUCCCUCUCUGAGAAUUCUUCUCUGAGUCUCCAUUGCGCCGUCACUGCUCAUCCGCCCAUAAACGGCCACAUCACUCUUUUCAGGAACAAUGAAGUAGUACACAAGUGGCUAUCAUCUGGUGUGAACGCAACGGAGAACAAAACCGUAACUAUACGAGUGACAGGUGAAGAGUCAUCAGGUUACUACAGCUGUUCUGCACGCAAUAGUGUAUCCAACACAAUCUCUGCCCCUCUACACGUCAGAGUGAAUUAUGCUCCCCGUUGUGCUGGUAGCCCACACGCAUCGUACAGCACACGAGGCGGCGAACCUCUCCUGGUGACGUGCGCUGUAGCUUCGCAACCUCGGCCUUCUGUCUUCCGAUGGUACGUCAUACCUCCAAACGGGUCAGAACCUGUUGAAGUGAACCCUUCGUCUCACAGCGAUUUGGGGCGUAGUAGCACGAUUCAAUUUGUUGCUCCUCUUCAUCCUCCAUACCCUAAACUACACUGCUUUGCUGACAACAGUGUUGGGCGUAUGGCAGAGCCUUGCGUCAUUGACAUAGUGCCAGCGGAACAGCCAGACCCGGUACAAAGCUGCCAUGUAGGGCCGUACGUUGUUGCAGACAACGAAGAAACAUCCAUAUCCGUAGUGUGUGUUGCGGGCAGAGACGGUGGUCUCAAUCAGUCAUUCACUUUAGAGGUUCGUCCCACGAGAAACCCACUUGCUCGGCCUCCCAAAGCCCUUUACCAUCGCCCGAAGCCUAAUUUUGACGUAGAAGGUCUUUCACCAAACGAAGAGUAUAUUUUCACAGUCACAGCGUCAAAUGCAAGGGGUUUGAGCGCUCCUUUCAUACUUAGGUAUAUUGUUCCUCUAAAUGAAGUUCGGGCUUUUCCUUCCGUUAUUCUCCAUGAAGAAAUCACUCCUGUGCUCUUGAUUACUUUUGGAGCCAUGGCAACUGUCAUUACUUGUAGCAUUGUUGCUUUGCUGGCGCGAUGGUUCUGCUUUAAAAAUAAAUCCUGCCAAGUCAGGCAUCCCCGUCAAAGAGCAAGUUUUACUCCUUCGAAUGCCGAUUAUACAAGACUGCAGCAGUACAGUAACGGCAGCUUAGCUCGCGGUGGCAACACCAAGAUGCCAAUUCUUGAAACGAGUAUUUCUCAUUCACGGGGGAUGAAAUCCUGCUGUUACGCUGACGCCAGCAGCUGCAGCGGUGACAGUAUCUCCCGCAGCAGCUGCCGAAGUACCACAGACACUCUCCUCUGGACGUUGCCUUCUGACCCUGAAUCAAAUCUCACCUUCAGGAACUCUGGGUGCUACCAUAUUGCAAAUCUGACACCACCAGACGGCGUUACUUUGCAUCACGCUUCAAGAUACGUCUACCCUCAGCGCCGAGACGUAUUGGUCACAGAAGUUCAUGCCCUUGACUCCCCCCGAUCACUUUCAAGAUCAUCAGCUUAUUCCACAAUCUUUAAAUCUUCCUCUGAUGACUGCAACAAAUCUGAUGCAGAUAGAUUUCUAGAUGAAAUCGAUAACCAAUCUUUCAAAACCAGAAGAUGCACAAUCAGUGCUAACUCUUUUAAUCAAAAGUGCGCAUGUCAGACUCACAGUCGCCCAACCACCGUUUCUCUGCCUCAGCGAGGAUCAAGACUUCCCGUUGAAGAAGAGUCUUGUCACACCGGAUUGUUUCGACCCAAUUUCUGCGAUGCGGCAGAACCCAGUUCGGGAGAACAUCAUUUUCUAUCGCAAUCAUCGGGUAUGGAGCAAGAAGCAACAUCGACAGAAAGCGAUUGUAAUACUGACAGCUCAAAUUCCCCUCUUCUUCGAGAAAUUUCAGUCAAUCCAUCAAAUAUCAUAGAACAGACAGUUGGUAUCGAGCAAGACUCGUGCGACUAUAACGACAAGAGUCCAAAUUUUGAAACUGCUGAUUCACUGGUGCUAACUGGAAAAGAUGAAUGGAAUCCAGAAGAACUAUCAUCUGAUCCUAAUAACUCUGAAUCGUCAUCAGAACAGUCCAGUAGACCUCCAUCAUCAGUGUCAAUGGCAACGGUGGCUCUCAAUCCUAACUUCGAUCUCGACCAACAGUUAUCGGAGAGUGAUUCCUGAAACCACAAGAAAUUGCUUCAACAUUGCAGUCGCAAGGAAUCAAAACGUUCUCUUUUCGCUAUAUCUUCGAUCUUUAACGGCAUUUUUUGUUUAAGGAACGCCAUAUCAAGUUAUGUCUGCUGUCUGAGCAUUUUUAACAAUCAAACUAAAAUAUUUUUAGAAACUUCAAGCCAAAGUUAAAAGUCUUCCGUCCUGCACUGUAUUUUCAUUUUAUACGGAAAAUCAUGUGAGCGCACCUAACUUGAUUUGCGCAUAUUUUUAUGGUAAUAUAUGUUGUGCAUAUUUGUUUACUUAUAUAUUGUGCAU